GGCUUCAAGCAAAUGACGUCACGAAUCAAGACGACGUCAGAUCCAAGAUGGCGGCCUCCAAGGCGUCACGUGAACUCUUCACGGAGGGAGUCCGAGCGGUUCUUCAAACGUGGCCGGUUCUACAGAUCGCCGUGGACAACGGAUUUGGAGGCGUGUACGGCCAGCAGAAAGCUGAUUGGAUGGUGGAUGUAGUCCAGCAGUAUUUCCAUGACAACGCUGACCUGCAGCGCUGGGAGGUGGAGGACUUCCUGUCGCAGCUCCUGGAUCAGGAGUUCAACACGGUGGUGGAAGAUGGCAGCUUACCUCAGGUUUCGACCCGUCUGCUGGAGCUGUUUGCUCAGUGGCAGCAGGGGGCGCUGCAGCAGCUCCAACACACCAUUCAGACUCUGACCCAGAGCAAGACGCAGAGGGCAAAGGUCACGGCUCCACCCACGCAGUCAGACGAGGAGAGUGACGAGGAGACGCAGGUGAUGGAGGUGGAGGCGUCCAGUCCGUCGGUCAGCGGCGUUCCUCCUCCUCCUCCUCCUCAGGAUGAAGAUGACGGCUGGACCGUGGUCAGAAGGAAGAAGUGACGAGCAGAAGUAGAACUAGAUGAACUGCGUUUGAAUUGGACAUUAAUGCAACCAUCUCUGAGCUCCAACAUGGAGGCGGGGCCAUCAUGGGGGCGGGGUCAUUGUGGAGGCGGAGCCUUCACGGAGCUUCCAGCCUGUGGAUUGGUUGGUGUUGGAACUCUGUAUUCAGAACAUUAAAAUGGGUCAUAUUCAACAGAACCAGAACAUAAAUUGUCUCUCUGGUCUCUAAUUGGAUCUGGUGCUGCUCUUAGAUCCAGUAGAACCAGAACCUAGCAGGAGCUUUAUGGUGAUGUGGAACCUAAGGAGAACCUUCCAGAACAUCCAGUCCGAUUCACACAGAACGCUACAGAUGGCUCCGAUCCAUUUCAGCGAAGAACUCCAGGCGGAAAUUAACCAGGACCCAGACUCUGGUCCAGAACCCAACCCAGUCCGAGUGGUUCUGACAAAUGUUGGCAGUGACGUCAUUAACGGUGGUUCCUAAAGAGGCAGCUAAAAGUCCAACUCCUCCUGACCAGCAGGGGGCGCUCUCACCGGCUCUGGUUCUGAUUGCCGGGCCGUUCCCAGGUCCGCUAACAAAACCAAAUAAACAUUUAACUCACCUGAUCAGAGGAUUAGUGCUGAAUCUUUUCCUGUUCAUGUUGGAAUCCCAAUAAAAAAAAUAAAUAAAAAAAAUAAUAUUAAAUAAAAACAGAAUCCCAACCAGAAGUUAACAUUUAUAGAUUUGGAUCGGUUAAAGUUUAUAAAACAUUCAAUACAACCAAUAAUUCAAUUCUGCAUCACUAGAAAAGGUUCUGUGGCUGUUUUAUUAAAAAAGAAAUAAUCAACUUAGAUAUGACCUUUAACCCCUUAAUAGGGCAAGUUAGUGUUUUUGAUCACUUGCCUCUAGACUUGAGGUCUAGAAACACUAGAUCUAUAUCCAGUCAUUCAGC